CAUGGCACAUUUCAUCCCUGGGCUGCCGACUUGCUUAGCUCAGAGCCCAGUAGCCUGAAGCUGCUCUCUGUACCUUCUUCUUAUACCUAGGUUUCCUUCCCACGUCUUUUCAGGCCCCCACAUUCAAGAGCAUCAUGUCCCUGGCACACACUGCGGCAGAGUAUAUGCUCUCAGACGCCCUGCUGCCUGACCGAAGAGGCCCCCGGCUCAAGGGACUGCACUUAGAGCUGCCCAUCGAUCGUAUCAUCAAGUUUGUGACUGUAGGCUUCCCCCUGUUGCUGAUGUCCUUAGCGUUUGCCCAGGAAUUCUCUGCUGGUUCUCGGAUCAGUUGCUUUUCUCCCAGUAACUUCACCAUCAGACAGGCUGGCUAUGUGGACAGUUCCUGCUGGGACUCCCUGGUGCAUCAUGAAUGGGAUGCUGUUGGAAACUAUAAGACAAAAUCCCUCUGGGCCCACAAGGUUCUCCCCUAUUCCCUUUUGGCUCUGGCUGUGAUCAUGUACCUUCCAACUCUGCUAUGGAAUUAUGUGGCUGCUCCAUCCCUGAGCUCUGACCUCCUGUUCAUCAUCAGUGAAUUGGACAAGUCUUAUAACCGUUCCAUCCGGCUAGUACAACAUAUGCUGAAGAUCCGCCAAAAGAGUGCUGACCCUGACAUUUUCUGGGAUGAGCUGGAGAAGGCUCGGAAAGAACGAUAUUUUGAGUUCCCCCUGCUAGAAAGGUACCUGGCCUGUAAGCAGCGUUCACAUAUCCUGGUGGCUACUUACCUCCUAAGGAAUUCCCUCUUGCUCCUCUUCAUCUCAGCCACCUGUCUAUACCUUGGAUAUUUCCACCUGAAUAUCUUUUUCCAAGAAGAGUUUAGCUGCUCUAUCAAAAUGGGGCUGCUAAGAGAAGAAAACGAUGUCCCAGAUCUGAUUACAUGCAGACUGACCUCACUCUCCAUCUUCCAGCUGAUCAGCUUCUCCAGUGCAGCAGUGUACCUAAUCCUAGUACCAGUGAUAAUGUACAACUUGACACGACUGUGUCAAUGGGACAAGAGACUCCUAUCUGUCUAUGAGAUGCUACCAGCUUUUGAUCUACUCAGUAGAAAAAUGCUGGGCUGCCCCAUCAAUGAUCUCAAUGUGAUCUUACUUUUCCUUCAUGCAAACAUCUCUGAGCUCAUCUCUUUUAGCUGGUUGAGUGUUUUGUGUAUAUUGAAAGACACAACCACUCAGAAGCAUCAUAUUGACACAGUGGUAGAUUUCAUGACCUUGUUGGCGGGCUUAGAGCCCUCAAAACCUAAACAUCUCACAUCCAAGGCAUAUGAUGAUCACCCAUAGCCACAGACAUGCAGGGUAAAAAUUCUGAUGGAAAAUUAGAACAAUACCCCUUCCCUGAUGUUAUUGCUAAUGAACAAUCACAGAACCCCUGAACACAUACAAAUGCAUAUAUUGCAUGCCUUAGAAUUGCCAAGGUAAUAUCAUUGGAGAUUACAUCCUACACAAGCCAAAAGAUUCAGUUCCCUGGAUGAAACCAUACCAUUAGACAUUAGAAAAGGUUGUACAUUUAAAUCUCAUUGUGUUUGAAUCCUAAUAAGCAAGAAGCUAAGAACAAAGACCCAACUGAUGUAUUAGGAAAGAAAGAUCAUGAAAUUAUUUGUGACUAUUUGUCCUGAUCAUUGAUUUUGUUCCAUGGGUUUUGCCCAAAUGUAAGAUCCUAAUAGGACAGAGAAUAAAUAGACAUUUAACCAUAAACCAGACAUUUAACUACUACAGUAGUGACUCAAUGUCCUCAAAAAUUCCUGGCAUCAUCAGAAUUUGUCUAUCAUGUUUUGGAAAGUAGAUGUUGGUAAAGGGAACACAGGUCAGAAUCUGUCUCCAAAGCUGCCCUUGGUGGUUGAGGCAGGAAGAACCUGAACCAAAAUGAACAAUUUAGAAAAAGGCCAAAUUCAUAUAGCAAUUCUUUCAUAGUCUUUGGAUUUCAAAAUACAUUAUCUCUUUCUUAUCAUCAUCAUCAUCAUCAUCAUCAAUCAUAUUAACACAUGCAUAAUGUUUUAAGGAUUACAAAGGACUUCUAAGGAUCUUGACUAGAGAUUUACAAAAGCAAAGAUCAGGACCAUGAAUUGGAUUCCACAUCCCUGCUGACCACAAAGUCAACAUACAUCAUUACAAAUAAUUUUGUACAUCUAUACACUGAAAAGGCCUUAAUGACAAAAUGAUUACUAUUAAUUAUAAUGAAACAACGACAAUA